UUGUUAUAAUAUAAUACCAUAUUUUGAAAUAUAUAUCAUAUUUGACUUUUAAAUAAUUUUAACAUUACGUAUAAAAAUUCACUUUUUUUUAAUAUUAUUAACUAGCCUUACGUUUUGCCUUUAUGACUUCGUAGUUGUAUUUUGGCUUACAUUUUGUCUAUUUAAUGUUUGGGUAAAUGUUUUUGAAACGCGAAAACUGUCAUGGCCGCAAUGUAUGUGUGUGUCUGUUGUUGUUGCUGUCCAAAUGCAUAAUUUUGACUCCGGUGUCUUGUAAACGUUGCUGAUAAAGAAAGUUGAUCAGCUGUACUUUUGUGAAAAUAUAUUGUAAGAAAGAAAGCAAGUAUAAGAAAAGUUUGUAUUUAUAUUGUCUUAUAAGAGUUAAAUUCAAAUUACAUGUGUAUAACACAUUAAUAUAUUAUUCGUUUUGUGAGAAAAACAUUUGUCUAAAAAAUAAUGUAAAGUAUACUGUAAGUACAUAUGACUUUAACACAUGUAAAAAAAAUUGUUUACAUUUUAUAAAUAAAACCUGUAAUGUUAAUCUGAACAAAAUUAGCUUGUUGGACCAUUGUUAUAGUAGAGUGCCUAUUGCAGCUGAUAUUCUAGACCUUAUCAAAAGUGGCAAUGUGUCCGGAUUGGAAGAUCUGAGUGACAAUGAGCAUGAUUGUUCAAACGAUAAUGGAAACUAUACUUCUUCCAUAGCCGGUGUAAAUUUUGUCGACGAAGUUGUUCUCAAUGAUGAAGUUAUUCAAGUUUUUAAUGAAGAUGACGAUGCCCAAGAGGAAGAAUCUGAUGCACUGGUAGCAGAAAACGAUGUCACGACCGCUUAAAGCGUGAUACGUUGGACGAAACAAAUGUUCGCCUGUAGGCCAGUACCAGAAUGGACAUUUCCAGAGCCCCCAGCAAUUGACUUACUUCCCACAACGGUGCACAUUUUUCAGAAGUAUGUUCCUAUUACUUUGCUCGAGGAGGCCUGCAACUUCACUAAUUUGUAUGCUUUGCAGCAGAACAAACAUUUUCGUGACAGCUCAGUCCAUGAAUUGGAAACUGUUAUUGCAUUACAUAUUGCAAUGGGGUCGUUGAAGUUACCACGAGUGGAAUUGUAUUGGAAACCAUCCAUCAAUAUUGGGCUGUUCACUGACUCAGGUAUGACCAGAAAACGUUUCUUCCAAGUCUGAAACAAUUUGCACUUUGUAGGCAAUUUGCAGCCAGAGGUACAGCAGGGUGGUGCAAAGGAUGUUUUUUACAAAGUUCGUCCUUUGUACUACAGUGUUCUGCGAAGAUGUAGAGAGCUUCAAAUGGAAAGGGGCGUGGCCAUAGAUGAGCAGAUGAUCCCCUUUACAGGAAAGAUGUCGGUGAAACAGUUCGUAAAGGGGAAACCAUCACCUUGGGGCAUAAAAACUUUGUGCUGUGUGGGAAAUCCGGAAUGGCAUACAAUUUUAUUUUGUACCAGGGUAAAAACACUGAGUUGAACCAAGAAGAACAGAAGAAGUAUGGGUUAGGGGCUGCAGUUGUGUUAAAACUGUCGGAACAUUUAAAAGAAGGACAGUGCUUAUAUUUUGACAAUUAUUAUUCGUCAUACCCCUUGCUACAGAUUUUGAAGAGUAGGGUCAUUUUUUCAGUGUGCACAGCUCGGUCAAACCGGUUUGCAAACCCUCCUCUCACUGAUGACAAACAACUGAAAAAAGAAAAGAAAGAUAGAGGAUAUUCAGAAGAAGUCGUGAGCGAGGAUGGCGAUGUUGUGCUCACUAAAUGGCUUGAUAACCGCACAGUGACUUUUGCAUCCAACUUUGUUGGGAUUGGGGAGCCAGACAUGGUCAAGAGAUGGGACAACAGUAAAAAGUGCUUUGUACAAGUUGAAAGACCUGAGGUGACAUGCCUCUACAAUUCUGCCAUGGGUGGGGUCGAUUUAUAAGUCUAUAUCGAUAGAAUAACUGUGCGUUCUCCAAAAUGGACACUGAGGCCCAUAUUCCAUGCCAUCGACAUGGCUGUCACAAAUUCAUGGCUGGAAUACAAGGAAUUGUGUGACAAGCUUAACGUGCCAAAGAAAGAUAGUCUAGAUUCACUGUAUUUCCGACUUCAGCUAGCAGAAGAGCUGAUCAAAGUUGGUAAAACAGUCAAAACCAAGAAACGAGGAAGACCCGCUCUUGGAGGUGAUUCCAGUUGCACAAGCCCAUAUGAUCGCAGAUGAGUUUAAUGUUUGGCCUCUGUAAAUAAUAUUAGCCAGCCAAUCAAGGUUGUUAACAUUUUUUUUUGUUACAAAUAAAUUUAAUUGGAAAAGCAAUGUUUAAAUUAAAUUAGUACUUUUGUAAAUUUUGUUUAUUUACUUUAAGAUUCUAACUUUGUUUCGUGGUUACGAUCGAUAUGUAUAUUUAUUUGUAAAAUAAUUAUUAUAAACGGUUUUCUUGUUUAAUUUAUUAUCAAUCAUAUAUUAUAGUUAUAAGGAUUUUACAAGUAUUUAGUUGUUUAAAUUUUAUAUUAAAUAUAGGCUACAAUUUUUUUUUUCUUUCACAAUGUCGAUGUUAUUUUAAUUCUGAAUUCGCAUAAACACAGAUCCCAUUCCUUGAUCAGUCCUCCAAGUCUCCAAUCAUAUGUCCGAAAUUCUCCGCUCUCUCGUGUAACUUCGACGUCGUAAUAGAUAAAAAGAUAGAUUUCACAGUAUAGCUCUAGGUAGGUUGUUAUUUCACACAUUUUCAUAAUUUCAAAGUACUUAAAAUGAUGUUGCUCUGACAUAACCAACUUUUAGUUUAAGUGCCCUUCGGGCAAUUCAUGUCUCAGAUUAUUUAAAAAAUAUAAACAUAUCCGUUUGAAGAAAAAAAAGGAAGUUUUUUAUUUUCAAGAAUUUUUUUAAUACAACAAUUUACAUAACCUACAUUCAAUUUUAAUUUUAGAGGGAAAAAAAUCAAAAAAAAGUUCUAUGACCGCAGAUUAUUUGGACUUUAGAGUUCUGACUCGGGGUCAAUGAUCAUUUAGCCUUUGAAAGAAAAAUAGACGUUGUGUGUCAACACACUGAACUUACCCAAGAAUAAGUUUUGUUUUAGCAGUUUGAGACCUGAACUAUCUAGCAUUCAGCAGUUUUUUGGUAUGGUUUUUAUAAUCUGUAAUUUCGUUAACAGGUACUACACAGAAAUUGAUAUACAUUAGACCUUAUCAAGUGCGACACGCGUGAACCAUGGCUCUGUCUGGUCGUAUCUGGCCGCGCCUUGCUUCCGAGAUGAGGCGUGUGUUGCCUCUAGCGGCUGCCAGGGACCUGUCGUCUGCUCAGAAGUUCCUAGAUGUGGCUGUCAACGAGAAGACAGGGGUGUCGACGGUGACCAUGCAGCGGCCGCCUGUAAACAGCCUGAACCUUGAGCUACUACAGGAGCUGGCUCGGACCCUGGACCGCCUGCGCAGCGACAACAGUCGCGGCAUGAUCCUCACCUCUGCAUCACAGACCAUCUUCAGCGCGGGGCUAGACCUGUUUGAGAUGUACAAGCCGGACCAGGAGCGCGUGAGGGCGUUCUGGACGGUGCUGCAGGACAUGUGGCUCAGUCUGUACACAACGCCGUUUCCCACGGUCGCCGUCAUCAACGGCCACAGCCCUGCAGGCGGCUGCCUGCUCGCCAUGAGCUGUGAGUACCGCAUCAUGCUGGGGCCGCGGUUCACCAUCGGUCUGAACGAGACCCAGCUGGGGCUGGUUGCCCCCAAGUGGUUCAUGGACGUGAUGACCGGCACAGUGCCGCGCAGGGAAGCGGAACUGGCGCUCACGACAGGCCGCCUCUACACCACGGAGGAGGCGCUCCAGUCGGGACUCGUCGACGAGGUGGCCUCGGACAAGGCGGACGGCAUCGGGCGAGCGGAGGCGUUCCUUGCUCGUGUGUCCAAGAUACCCGCGAUGGGGCGCUCCCGCACCAAGCUGAUGUUCCGGCAGGGCCCGGCCAGCUGGCUGCGCGAGAACCGCCAGCUGGACCUGGAGGAGUUCCUGCGCGACGUGGAGCACCCGGCCGUGCAGAAGACCUUGGGCGCGUACAUAGAGUCCCUCAAGAGGAAGUAGCCGCAGGGGGCUCCACAAGGCUUGUCGGGGGCCUGGCUGAUGUGCAACCAUAGUUGCAGGGUUUGUUAAUCUAACAUGCACCUUUUUAGUCACCUCUUGACCUGAAAGUGGUGUACAUCUUACAUUCGCCAAAUUUAUGAUUUUAUUGGAUCUUGGAGGUUUAAAAAUUAGACGUGGCUUACAGUAUUGAUGACUGCAUGCAUUAGUGUAAAUAGAGCAGAUUAUUAAGCAAGAUGAUAAUUAAGUAUGUAGCUCAAGAAUCGACUGCAGGUAGUAAACAGUCACAUCAUUGUAAAAUACUGGUGAUCACAGAUGCACCCCAGGACAAGUGUGGCUCUUUUUUUUAUUUCAAAAAGACUCAGAGCACUUAACAUGUUGAAGAAAUACCUCACCUUAUGUGUGGCUGAUGCAGCCAAAUAAAUGAACUGUUGACAAGCACAGCUUGUAUAAAAGCCUGCUUAGAAAUGAUGCAUUUUAGUUAACAUUCACGUUACAAAUAAAUGUGUUACUUAAAUUAAAAUGCAUCUUAUAUUUGGAGGCAAACAUUCACCUCCGCCUCUUGAAAUCAAGAACUAAGAGGAGUGUCGAGGUAUAUUUUCUACUUGAACAAUGAUAAUAGUUAAUUUACCCAAUAAUAAUAUGGUCUAUUUUAACUUUGUUUGGCUGUACAGCCUAUACUGAACACAUUUACAGAAACAUUAAAAUAUAAUACUAGCUUCAUUUGUACUUCGAUUCUUGCAAUGAGUAAGAUUGAUUUAAAACAAUUUUAUGGUCAUGCACCAUUAUUGGUACAUACUGUAUGUCAUAGAAAAUCUUGAAGUUUUUUAUAUGAUAUAAAGCUUAAACACUAGAGUAGGACAUGAUCCCGAAACUCUGAAUAAAAUUCGGGAAAGGAUCAUUCCCGAACUUUAGGAAACUAAUUUAUCUUCUCAGGAUAAUACUUUGGGAAAACCAAUUUUUUUAAUAGAAAAAAUUUCUGGCAAACUAAUUUUUAUAUUAUAAAAACAUAUGCUUACAUUUUUCACAAUCUACAUCACGUAACAAACCACAACUUUGCACAUGUAUUGACCAGACAAAGAAAUCACAAAAACACACAGAUCUGUGACACAAUUCAACUCUCGUUCAUAAAUGUUGUUAAAAAUAAAAAUUCAGACUGAAUAAAGUACUCAAUGUGAUCAAACAUAUUUUUAAUAAUAUAAUUUUACUUUGAAAAUAAACUAAUGAGAGCAGCAAUGAACAAUGUUGCCAAACACAUCGCAUUCGAAAGGACACAGCAUUCAGAUAUUAACAAAGAAACUGAAAGAUGCCAUCUUGGUUUCAAAUAUUUAAGCCAUAAAUUUCUAUUUCUUUCAGAAACAUCGAAGAGGUUUUAUGGUUUUUACAGUUGCUCAUCAUGUAUGAUCAAAAGUAAAUUACCUAGGGGAAAUGAAUAGGGAAAAAGAUGUUUGUCUUUAUUAUUUUUAAAGUCCCAAUAUUUCCCCCAUAAGGACAAUGUAUUUAUUUCCUGCAUAUAACGUUCAUAAAUAGUGUAAUUUCCUGCUUAUAAUGUUUGCUUUCUAACAUUCAAUAAAUGGGGAAAAAAUGUUUUAAAACCAAAUUAUUCCAACACUUACGAUAAAAAGUUUCCUUUAUGUAUGUUUGUGUUUACAAUCACUGCCAUACAAUACAAGAAGUUUGUUAAAAUAAAAUUUUAUGCAAUAUACUGAAGGUACACAAUGUUCAUAGUUACGUGUCAGUUGGCACCCUUAGUCAACUCUUCUCUUCCUUGCCAUUCCAGUGGGUAUUCAGAUGCACGUACAUAGUCCUACGAUAUUUAAGUUGCCAACCAUUGAGUGAGGGCAUAACUAAAAGUGUUUUCUAUUGCUUACAAAUAAUUUUUUUUUCAUUGAUACGUAGGAAUCCCAAAAUUAAACAUUUUCAGGUGGCGAAGGAGUAGACGUUCUCACUCUUAAUGUUGUCAUCAUGAAUCGUGAGACAAUUUUACAAAAAAUGUGGCAGUGUAUCUCUAAAGACAAAUAAAAUUUAACCAGGGAACAAGACAAAGUUGAAAAAUUGUUGGCUUGUUUCAGAAAAUUCAUGUAUCAAGUAUACUAUCUUUGGUUUUAACAUUAAAGUUGUUUACAUAGCUUGGUGAGUCCAUUGGCACAAAGCUCAAACAUUGUUAAGUGCUAAAUUGAGAUUUCCUGCUUAUGUUUUUUUUUUUUCUUGUGCUCCCUUGAAAAACAUUAUAACAGGGUUCUACUGUAUUUUUUUAUGUACACCAAGUUAAGUGACAUAAUUUCAAUGCUGUUGCUCCCGAUCCUGAAAAUCCAAUAUUGUUCCCGAACCGAAUCCAAUUCCGAAGUAAAAAAGCCAUUCUCGUCCACCUGUACUAAACACCCGAUGGUGCAUGUCCAUGAAAUUGUUUUGAGUCACUGUUAGUUACAUUAUUAACUAAUCUAGUCUGUAUCACGUAUCUUGUCUCAGAUGUUACAGUUCCCAGAAGUAGCACCUGUGACAGCCAUUUUCCAACUGUCACUUGCGAAGCAGUACACAGGCUAUGUAUGAACUCUGGCAACUACUUUAAGUUGUUUACAAACACUGUCAACAGAACAGUGGCAGGAGGAUACAGACUGUUAGAACUGUCACUUAAAUUAUUAUUGAAAAAGUAGAGUAUUGUAUUGUAUUCUUGCCAGUUAAAUAGAAGGAAUAUAUGGGAUUUACAUGUAUACACUUUUUGCUCAUAUAUAUUUUGGCAUAAUAAUACAAAUAUGUAUUCAUGUCAGGUGUAAAUUGCUAUGCAGUCUGUUAUAUUGUUUGUUGAGAUUAAUUUAAUGUGUAAAACAGCUACGUAUAUAAAAUAAUAAAUUUAAUAGUUACAUGUGCCACAAAUGUUUUGAAAAUUUUUAGUAUAUUUUUGUAAUGUUUUGUAAUUGAAAAUUAAAUAAAAAAUACAACAUACA